CAGAGCAGGUUUGUUUUCCAUUCCAACCAAAGGAAAUCCGCGCUUGCUUGUGCAAAGAGAGAGGGAGGAAAGUUGUGUUCGCACUCUCCCGGAUUUCCACCUGACUGCUCGGGAAGCGGGAUACUGUGGCGCAAUGUUGAGUUUGGGGAGCGGAGGAGCGAAGUCUUCUAAACCGUCGUUUGUGUCUUAUGUUACACCCGAGGAAAUAAAAUUGGAGAAAUACCUGCCAAAGAAGGAGAAGCAUCCUGAUUUGCUACCAGGUGAAGUGGUGUUCUGUAGCGCCAACCCCAUUCUCAAAUACACUCAAGAUGACCUCUCCCAGCGUGGCGUCUUUGGCACGUUGUUCUGCACCAAUUUUCGUGUUACGUUCUUAAGUGAUGAGCUGACACAGGAAGAGACGUCCAAGACCUUUAAGAACAAACUCUAUGGAGAAAAUGACAUUCCAUUAAUGUGUGUGGAUCACAUCUAUGGUGUUUAUGAUGAAAAAAGGAAACUGAUAACAGGAAGCUUUGUGAAGAACAAAUACCCAUCCAAAAUAAUAAUUCACUGUAAAGAUCUACGCGUCUUUCAGUUCUGCCUAACAUUCACCAAGGAGGAGGAUACCAAAAAGAUCUUUCAGGGUAUUGCUCACCAUUGUUUGGAGGAGAAAUCUCUAAAGUGCAUCUUUGCUUUUUCCUAUGCUGGGACACCAAGCCCAGAAAUGCAAAGGAAACGGGAGACAAUUAUGUUUGAGUCACCAGAGGACUGGACACAGGAAAUGAAACGGACCAAAGCGAAAUGCAGAUUAGUGACAGAAAAUGAGAACUUUGAACUCUCUCAAAGGUUACCGAAGUACUUUGUCAUCCCAUCAGCACUAGAUGAUUUAUUCAGCUAUCAAGGGAAGGGAUUGCCAAUCUGGUGUUGGUCUCAUCACAGCGGUUGUGCUCUCUUCAAAGGAUCUUUCCCACCUAUGACACAGGAAGAAGGGGAUUUCCAAAAGCACUUGGACACAAUGAUAAAUGCAGUCGCACAUAAUUACCUCUACUCCGUAAAAACAGAGGACCUCUCAGAAUCCCUUCCUACGAUCCUAGACAUCCAGCAGUCAUAUAACAAGUUCAAACAAUUCUUUCUUAUCGAUAAUUCAACCGAUUUUUGGUUGUCAGAUGUGAAAUGGUUCUCUUCCCUUGAAAGCUCAGGAUGGCUAGACAUUAUUAGACAAUGUCUCCACAAAGCAGUAGAGGUGGUUGAAUGUAUUGAUAAAGACAACACAAAUGUCCUUGUAACAGAGGAAGAGGGAACAGAUCUGUGCUGUGUGAUCUCCAGUCUGGCUCAGAUAAUGCUGGACCCUUAUUACAGAACACUGAUGGGUUUCCAGAGUCUGGUGCAGAAGGAGUGGGUGGCUGGUUGCCAUGCCUUCCUGGAUCGAUGUAAUCACCUCCACCAGAAAGACAAGGAGUGUCAUUCUCCAGUCUUCCUCCUGUUCCUGGAGUGUGUGUGGCAGCUUGUUCACCAGCACAGCCCGGCUUUCCAGUUCUCAGAGACUUACCUGACUGUGCUGUCCGACAGUGUUCACGUGCCAGUCUUCAGCACCUUUCUGUUCAACUCUGCCCAUCACAGAGAAAGUGUUAUGAAGGCCGAGUCACCACUUGCACAAAGCGGCACAUUGAGCUGCCCUACAGUGUGGGACUGGUCUGUGCAGUUUGACAGCAAGGCCCAGAAUUUCUUCUUUAACCCACUGUAUUCAGAGAAGGUUAAACAUGAGAAGACUGUACGCAAACCUCACAAGCCCAAGCUAAUUUCAAGAUCAAAGACCACAAUAGGAGAGAGAGCGCCGUCAGGACUGCACCAAAGACAGUUAUCCUUACCCAGUGCAGCCUUCAAAACCCCACCCAAGAAAGGUUUCUUUAAGGAGGAGACCGACAGCCUUAAAAAGAUGCUACGAGUGAAGCGUAUCAGUCGCUGGAUGGGCUCUCCUGACUCCCCUGUGGCCGCCACCCGUGAGUUCUACGAGUCCUGGCAACAGCGUCCUCUGGACUAUCACGGCAUCCUGCUCCCCAGUCUGGAUGGACCGGCUGUCCGCGUCUGGAUGCAGCGCUACGUGCGCUGGAUACCUGAGGUGCACAUCCAGGGCGGCGGCUCCAUGGCCGUCAUGACCAAGCUUAUGGAACUUCUAAGUCAGGUGCAGGAUCUGAAGCGUGUGCUGGAGCAGAGAGACGCAUCACAAGCUGCUAAAUUUGAUCACCGUCCACACCUUCAGCACCGGCUGCUCUCGUUCGGCUCCUCGGGACGAUUGUCAUCUUCAUUCCCCUUCGCUUACAGCCGCAACCGAUCUUUCAAGCCCAUCAUUCCUACAGGUCUAAUGCAAAGCCUUAUGGUAACUGACAACCUAGCUAGUCAGGAGGAUGAGGCCAGUUAGGUUGUCAGUUUGAUUUAACAGGGAAUCUGUUUUCACCCAUAUGUUAAAUAUGUGUCCAUAUAUUAUUAAAUUAUAAUUAUAAUAUAAAUCGGGAUUAUAUUGGCCUCGUCAGAUCCAGAUUAAAAUCCUGAUGAUGGUGCUUAAAAGUGCCUUUGGCGCUAAAGUGGGUCCUUUUGGAAAGGAAAA